AUGUCGUCCCUACACUACCUUAUCUUUGAGCACUCCACACUAUCUCAUUAUCAGAGCGGAAAUUCCACACAGGCCAAUAAACGUACAAGAUCUCAAGAUCUGCCUACUCAUGAGCAAAAUAACAAGGGUCCGGACAGGGUGCUGGACUUGCAAGAGACGGUAUGUUCAAAUAAACAAAACCACCAUUUCUCUUAUUUCCUUACUAACUCCAGCCAUCGAAAGUGCGACGAAGCAAAGCCUCAUUGCAAUAACUGUCUCAAGUCUAACCGAACCUGUGAAGGCUAUGGCGUCCGGCUUCUGUUCAAUAACGACAGUUUGGCAGAACGAUCGAAGGUGAAGAAAGAUACCAUACACAAAUUUUCCCACGAGAAUGUCAUCAAGCUAGACCGCAAGACUACUCUUGUUAAAACAGAACUGAUUGGGUCUGAAUACGAACCCCAACCGCUUAUUGAUCAGGACCAUGCGGACCCGUUUUCCACCGAAAAGAACAACAAAUUCAAGGAAUUCGAAAAGACGUUCAACCAGAAGGCAUUUGCCCAUUCAAAGGGCCUCGACAAACAGUCGGAACAUGUCGAGCCGAUCCACCGAGACGUGAAAACUUUGAACAACCUAGAGGAAUUCAGCAGCAAAUUAUUCGAAAACUUGGAGAACCUACUACAUUCUCCUAAAGCGCAUGCCUCAGACAUUGCACAGUCGGUAGCGGUAGAGGAUUCUCGAAGUCCUCUAAGCCAAGUGUUUGGAGAUAUUCUCUCUACACAAAUCACGCCGUCCCUUUCGGCCACAUCCCAGGAUUCUCUAGACGGGUACGCCAAUCUAGACAAUGAAAUCAUCCAUUUCAUCGAUAAGGCCAACGUGUUCGAUGGGCGAGUCGGAGAGGUCGAGACAGCCACCUCACUUAAUGUCUCGUAUCAGCAGGAGAAUAUGAUGUUGAAGCACUUCUUCAAGAAACUUCUUCCACUUUUAGAUGGCCACCCGCUGUCUCCCUGGCCUGACUUGGCCUUGAAAUACUGCGACUUCGACGUGGCGAGAAGCUGUUUUAUUUCGUUGGCAUGUAUUCACAUUUACGAGAGCAGGAAAGGAGGAAACGAAUUCUACAAAACAGGAAUGGCACACAUGAACAGCACUAUGAACUACUUGAUCCAGUCGAUUUCCAGUACUCUGGAAGCAGACGGAGAACUCAACACCGAGGGCCAACCCAAUAAACAUAUGCGAUCUUUUGUCAUCUUGGUGUUAAUGAAUGUGCAUAUUCUUUUCGCCGUUUUAGAGAAGGGCCAGAGUUCGCUUGCAAGAUACCUCUUCAAGGUAUUUGGGUCCGUUUGCCAGGAUCUGCAAUUCUAUGAAUCCUUGGAUGAAAGCAGCAAGAAGUCAUUGGUGGUAGUCUUGUCGUGGUACGAUACCGUUUGUGCUAUCGUGUCACCCGAUUGUAGACUCCCAUUCGGAAAUCCAGAAUGGUACGGAACAUCCACAGACCUGAUCUCGACAAUGGAAAUGAUGGGGUGUCCUGGAGAGAUCUUCAAGGCAAUGUCUCAGGUCUGCUUUCUCCGACACGAAAUACACCGAGGUUAUAUGAGUGAUGACGCCGUAUUCGCUGUGGAGGCAGAAGGCUUAAAGCUGCGGUUACUCAAAUAUAGAGACUACGUGGAUUUCAGAGAUGGAAAGGACUAUACACUUCGCUUGAAAGGUGCACAGUGCUGGUCUCUUGCAGUGUAUGUGAGUCUCCUUCGCCUAUUUAAGACACCAGAAAGACAGCAGGUGAUCACUUCUGUGGUGAAUGAGUUUAUCGAUGUAUAUGGAUCCAUGCCUAGUCAAUCCGCCACAGUUGUCCAAAUGGUCUGGCCGGUGUAUGCUAUUGGCAGUGAAUGUAUCAGCGAGUACGAGAGGGAACACUUACUGAUAUUUAUGGACACACUUUACGAAACUGCGCAGAUGGGCACCCUACAUUCGUUGCGGUGGAUCGUCAAACAGGUAUGGGAACAGGGCAAAACUCAGGAAGAGAUACUCACUCAAUGGCUUCCAAAAGGAGUAGACUAUUUACCACUCUAA